GUGCACCCCGACAGCUUUACAGUGACACCUCAAGCUGUUCCUGGCUGAGAGCCACACCAUUCAGUACUAUCACGAUCCUCCGAACUAGCUGGACCGGGGACAACCCAGCCAUAAUGUCGGAAUUCGUGGAGAGUGUCAAGUUUAAAGUCUUGGAUAUUAUUGCCCAGGUCCAGGCAAUAUGCUGCCAACCCUCGUCAACCCUGAAAAUCAAUGGGAGGACUUUUAACAUCGUCAAAGUACUCGGCGAAGGCGGUUUCUCUUUCGUUUAUUUAGCCCAGGACACGUCAAGUGGGAGACAAUUCGCUUUGAAGAAGAUUCGUUGUCCAACUGGGAAUGAGGGAGUGAAAGAAGUGAUGAGAGAAAUAGAGGCGUACAGAAGGUUCAGGCAUAGGAACAUCAUCCGUAUAUUCGACUCUUCUGUUGAACAAGACCGCGAUGGAGAGGGGAAAAUUGUCUAUCUAUUCUUACCUUUCUAUCAGAGGGGGAAUUUGCAAGACAUCAUCAACUCCAAUGCCAUCACGGGAGCACGGCUCCCGGAAAAACAAAUGUUAAAGCUCUUUCGAGGCGCAUGUCUCGGACUCCGUGCUAUGCAUGACUUCAGGGUGAAACCAAAAGCCACCGUAAAUUCCAGUCCUGAUGCUGCGUCAAGAGAUCUACUCCAAGAAUCUGCUCGCUCAGGUCUCGCCCCACCCAGUCGUGAACCCUCUCCCGCCCCCGACAUGCGGCGCGAAAUUCAUCAUGAUGUGGACCAUGAAAAUGAUGACCACAAUGAAAGACAUAAGCUUCUGGAACAGCAUCCAAGAGAUGACGAUCCAUAUGACGACGAAGGAUCAGAAUCUAAAGGUUAUGCUCUCUUGGCGACGAAAUCGCGUGGUGGCCAGACCAAAGCAAAUGUGUUAUUUGACGGGGAUGACGAGUUGUCGAAAAUCACGGAGGAUGCCGGAGCUGACGCUGCAUCUGGUGCAGAAGGGAUACAUACCCCAUACGCUCAUCGUGAUGCGAAGCCAGCAAAUAUCAUGAUCGAUGAUGAGGGCGAGGCUAUCCUCAUGGAUUUUGGUAGCACUGUGCGUGCUCGUGUGGAGUGCAAGACACGUCAGCAGGCAUUGAUUCAGCAGGACAUGGCAGCUGAACACAGCACAAUGCCAUAUCGGGCACCGGAGUUGUUCGAUGUAAAAACCGGGGUAACCCUUGACGAAAAAGUAGAUAUUUGGUCAAUGGGAUGCACCUUAUUUGCUCUUGCUUACUCCCAUUCGCCGUUUGAGAAUACUCAAACUAUGGAGCAAGGUGGAUCAAUUGCCAUGGCGGUCAUGAGUGCUGCAUACAAGCAUCCUACAAACUCACCGUAUUCUGAUGGCGUAAAGAAGCUAAUUGAUAUGUGCCUUGUCGUUGACCCAAAGGGGAGACCAGAUAUACAUCAGCUUAUUGGCGCAACGGACGAGGCGCUGAAUUAGUGCCUUCACUUCCCCUAGCCAAUGGCUAAUAACUCCCUCCAUCACUAUACCAAUGGACAUCAUCGCUUCAUUUAAUCUAAUCAUUAUUUGUAGUUAGUGUACAUGCUAAUAAAAUUUCACUGGAUAGUAGUCUCUUGCGCGGACGCAUUUACGGGACUAGCUUGCGGGGCUUCUAAUUUUUGUUUGCUUUGUGAAUGCCUGCGAUCCACAAGGAAAG